GAGAGAUUGAGAAUAGAAAGUAUACUGUGCGAUUCAGAGUCACAUACUAAUACUGAAAUCUUAAUUAAUUGUCAUAGACCUUGAUCAAUAUCACAGUAUUCAAUUAAAUUAUUGUUUUGUAUAGAUCAUGUUUAACAUUUUUUAUCCUAGAGAGAUUGCGCUCACAGCUUUUUAUUAUAUUUUCGAUUAUUCAGUAAUUGACAACUAUGCGAAUUAUUAUGUUUUAAAGGUUUUGGUAUAUUUAAAAUAAUUGUUUUUUAUUCAAUAAUAAAUUUCAAUACUUUAGACUUUUAGAAUUUAUUGAUUUUUCUUUGGAUAUUAUAAUUACAUUCGUAUUUAUUAUAUCGUUAAAAUUAGAAUAAAUAUUAUACAAAUAAAAAGUAUCAAUAAAAUUCAUCUAAAUUGAUUUCUACUUGACUGAUUUCUAAUGACUAUAAUAAUUAUAAUCUAUUGAAUAAAACGUAUUUGAUAUUUCACAAUAACUAGACAUAACAUGAUGGAAAAAAGUAUUUUUUGAUUUAUAUCAUUUAAUAUUAUAUUACUUUUUUCUUUCAAGGUCAUUUAUUCAAGUGUAACGAAAACAUCAAAUUUACUUCCUUUCAUCUGGAUGGUCUAUCUAUUAAAGGUAUUUUGCGAUUUGUUUUGAUUCAUUCUUUUCUAAAAUGGGUACAGUUUCUCUUCGAAAUCACCAAAUUUAUCAUAUUACUGAAAAAAGACAAAUCGAAUAUAUUUACAUCAAUAUGAUUACAUCAAAAUUGUCAAGUCGAUCAUCAAGAUGUUUUAUGAGUAAAAGCAUUAUUAAAAGAAAUACAUAAUAAUAAAUGUUAUUCACGAAAGUAAAUAUUUAUUGAUUGCACCAGUUUCAUACGUUUCAAUACUUUUAAAAGUUUAGCUUAGUAGGAAAUUAUUUUUUGUAAUGAUGAGAAUAAAUGUAAGAAAUAUUUAAAUUUAACUUAUGCUAUCGAUAUUUGUACAGAUCAUGAUUAAUUAAAAAAUAUUAAUUGAUCGAUUUUUAUCAUCAUUAAAAUUUCCUUUUUAUUGGAAAAUCGUCAUUUAAAUACAAUUUUAUCAUCAGGAACAACAUCAUAUGAUAAUACAAAUGCACUUCAAUUUUGUGAAGAACAAUUAACUGUUCACGAAAAAUAUUUAUCAAAUCCAAAACAUAUUUCUAUUGGGCAAAUUCUUCAGAAAAUGGGUGAUUUAUCAAAUGAUAUUUAUUAUUAUCGAAAAGCAAUGGAUAUCUUUAAUAAUAACAUAAGAUUCAAUUAUUUAUCAACUGAGAAAGCUGCUAGCGCAAUUACUGCGGGAUUAACAAUAUGA